AUGGCUAUUUGGACGUAUCCCUUCCACUACCAAAGUUCCGACAUUUCGUUCCAGGAAUGGAUAUCCCUGUUCACGCUAUGCCUCGCGCCCUUCAUCGCUCAUGUUUUUGCGGGCGCGCCGCGACCAUCAAUCCUCGCAUCGGCGUCUCCUCCGUGGCAUGAGUACAUGUGUAUCUACAAUCCCACCGCCAUCAUCUUCCGUUAUGCCGCGAUUGUCGACCGGCGUAUUCGGGCGCACGAAUGGGUGCCUCAUGAUGCCGCAGCGGCCAAUGCCUUGUUUUGGACUGAUCAGGGCUGGGAUGGUUCAGAACACAUGAGAACCAACAGUCUACAAUUUUGUACCCUGUUGCCUGAACAGCCAAGGACUCGGAUAUUGUCCAUGGAAAUGUUGAAAACAAUCAUCACCACGCUGCAGGGUGUCCAAGCUGCAGUUCGAUAUAUUGGAGCUGCUGCCGGUACCGUCUACAUGAUUACUGGCCAGCCAGCCGUCGAUGCCAUCUUUGGUCCCCUAUCCUUGCUGGGGCUUUUUCGCAUAUUUGCGGGUUUCUGGCUGGUUGAUGAUUACACCUACUCGACCGCGAUAUCUGGCGCAUCAGCAAAGGCACUGCAAACAACAAGCCUGGAGCCCCUCAGAAGGCCUUCUUUGGACAGUUUAUAUGACAACACAGAUGCUCAGGGAGUGUUGGCCAUUGAUGGGCAGUAUAAACCCACCACGCAAUGGGGAAGUCGCGCAUUCCGCUCGAUAUACUUUCUGCUUCUUGUUGUUCUGUGGGUGUUGGUCACGGUGUGGACCUUCGUGGGGCCUUUGCGCGAAGCCACCAUGACCGUCUUCCUCAUGGCUGCGUAUCAUUUUGUGCUCUUCACCGUCACAAUGGCUGUCUGUGCUUGGUACUUUUGCCGUGGUCGCACAACCUCGACCAUUUUGCCGUGCAUUUCUCACGUGGCGUUCAAGGCAUACACGGUAUUCUGGCUGCUAGCCACUGUCGCGCUUGUGGUCGUGGCUGCGCUGGAAACAUUUAAAACGCCUUGCGGAACCUACACUAGCAUACCAGCCAAGUUUUCUGGGUUUUUUUGCUCUGACGAUACCACCAAAGUCAAUCCGAAUCGAGAGCUUGCAGGAGUAUUCGAGACAUUUGCUUUGGCAUCCCAAUACAACACCUCGGUAAUGGACUCCGGUGUUGCGCUAAAAACAGGCGAAUUCUGGCUUAUGAACUUUACCGGCAUUUGCCUAGGGGCAUACGAUGACAAUCACACCUGGAGCCUGGCUCAGACCACGGGGUUUACAGCUAAUCCUAACAUUGAUGACAUUGUGACAGAAGGUUGGAACACAUUGAUAGAGUAG